GAAGCCACUUAGGAAGCCCCUGCAAUCAUUAUAGUCAAUGGGGACUCUCAACUGGUGCCGGAAGUUCUAUGCUUUUCCACUCUAUGACCCCACUGUCACCGGAAGUUCAACUGUAGCUGGGUUUUCGCUGUAGAAAUGGUGAGGUUUAAAAACAGAUACUUCCUUUGCGAGAUCAUCUCCGAGGACCCUCAUUGUCUGCAGCUUAUUGAGGAGCGCACAGUGCACAACGCAGUGAAAAAUGCUGUUGCACGAAUUCACGGAGACUUUGGACUAGCCUGCUGCUCCAUCGCUUUUUCAGUAAAGUACCUCAAUGCUUACACAGGAGUUGUUCUGUUCUGUUGCCGGAAGGACUUUUAUCGGCUACUUGGUUCAUCUCUUCCCUUCAUCAGUCACUUGGAGAACAAGAAUCAGUGUUAUCCCUGUUCCUUUAACACUCUAUAUGUUGGAGCUACAAUACGGAGGUGUCAGAAAUUCCUAAUCCAGUACAACAAGGACCAGCUGCUCCUGAUGCUACGCAAUUGCUCCAAUGAAGACAGACAAGCCAUCCAGAAGUCAAUGGAGAGCUGUGCACUUGUGAGAGAGCAGCGGUUUCAGAGUCACGAUGAAGACAGCGAUGUUAGCACAGAGAUGGCCUGAACAAAGCAGCAGUCUGGGGACUUUUGUAGAACAAGGCCAUUUAAAUGAGGGAUUCUUGCCGGCAAGGAUCAAUACUACUCUCCCCCAGUUCCUUUUACAGCAGUUAAUGUAUAUGGUAAUAAAAUAGAUAAAGCAAAUAGUUAUGUCCAUGUACUGUCACCUAGUUUGCAGCCUGUUCAUAGUGAAAGCUUGUGCAUAGCAGUGUCAAAGUAAGAUGCUACUGCUAGUAUCCACAGAACUGUAUAUCUGCCUCUGUCCCCCUGCUGAGCUUAAUACUUUCUUGGGAGAGCAGCCCACGUGAAGCUUGCAUGCAGAGCGCGUUUUAAAAGUUUGAUAACCCCCUCUAUCUGCUGAUCUCUUAAAAUGGUAUGCCUUACUAUCACAGGCUAGCUGAAGCAGGGCAGUCAGAAAGACAUUCCAUUUUCAUCCAGUUUUCUAAAGCAGUCUUCCCCAACCUGGUGCUCCAGAGAGGUUUUGGACUCCCAUCAGCCCCCAGCCAGCAGUUGUAGUCCAACAUUUCUCAGGCUGCUCUAAAUCCUUGAAGGCCACGUUUGUGGUGGGUUACACAUGCGCGCGCCCCAAGGGAAUUUUGGCAUACACCCCUUUGCACUGGGGAAAGCUAAUUGACUGCAUGAUUUGAUGGGUAGAGAUCAUAUUGACACUGAGAAUGAUGAGGCACAAUUUGCCAAACAACUGAGAAUAAUGCAAUUGCAAUGGGGAAGAAGAGGCAUCCUCAUGUGAAGUGUGCUCCCUG